UGCAUUUCUUGUUGCCUUUGGCCCAGCCAUCACGUCAAAAUCUGCUAUUUGUUUUCAUGGUGAUUUGCUUGUGAAACGUAAGUAAAGAAAUUCAAGCUUCGCUUUUAAAUUGCUUAGUACUUCCGAUUAAUUUAUUAAAUUGUGGGCCUGGGCAAAUUGCUUUGAAGAUGCCACAAUGCGGUGAUGAAUAUGUAGGUAAGCAAAAAGAAUACUUACCGAUACUUGCAUUUAAAUAACAUUUCUUCCUAAGCGCAGCGCCGGCUAGGAGAAUUCGAUACAAUUACAAUGGGCGUUAGAAACGCUCGCCACAACUAAGCAACGAUUGUUUUCUAUACUUAUAGCGAUUAGCAGAGAAAAAAGUUUUAGCGAAUUUACUGCCUGAAGAAAAUUUAGCUGAAAAACUACGCUAGAAAUAGUCACAAAAUAAAAAGUCGCCACAUUUCCCACAGUUUAUUGAAGAUUUAGUAUGUAGCUUAUUUGUGAAUUGUAAAGUCCUAUAGAUAUGAAGAACAACAUCUACGUUUGUGGUAUUUUAAUUUUUAAUAUCAUACAUAUUGCAGAAUCUGCCACGGGCAUUCAAAUGGUGAAAAUGAAUGUAGAGAAUGAAGUUUAGACACGAAAAAGUUUAAUAUAGAGAAACACAACGCAAAAAACCUUCGAAACAAGGGCAAAAUUAAAGUCUCACGGUGUACAGAAAGUAAUGUAUUGUAUCACAUUUCGAAUUUGCAAUUUUUACAUGUAUAAUUCUCUGUCCUCAUAGGAUAUUGAUGGUAAUCAGAAAUCCACCUUGGCUACUAAUGACUAUGAUUUCAUAUAAUAUAAAAAAUGGCGCGGUACGAUGUUAUGAGGAAAAAGGCUGAGCUCCACCCCCAUCACUACCCCACAGCAUACCGUUUAUGCGAUGCAAAACAUCCAAUACGCCUCUGCCUAGUUUUCCGUGGAAAAAGAAAGCCCAGUAGAUAGGCUUCGGGAAAAGCUUCUGGGCCACUAUUGCGCGAAUUGCUUUUCAAUGGCCCACAAAAACGCGCCACUGCACAAGCGAGGGAAGGUGCAGACGAUGCGGCGAGAAACAUCAUACCAUGCUACAUAUACCAGAGGAACGACGUUCGUGGAGCCAGCAAAUCGCUGAUGAGGACAGCCACGCGAUAUCGAUAAAUGCGUCAGACAUCACAUCGGAGACACCGUCUCCCGAUCGAAACGCGACUGGAGCGAAAACCAGGACUUUCCGCCCAAUUGUGCCCACAACGGAAACAAGGCCUUUCCGCCCUAGCGAACGCCGGCGCGAGCGUGGAUCGGAAACCAUUCGACCACGUACGCAAACGUCGUUGGUGCGUCAACAAUCAACACGCAAUGUUAGACUGGCGACUAGGCCUCAUCAGCCAACACGACCGCCCGCUUUCCGAGCAAAAUGUUUAACCCCGGGACAGGCGCCACGACCAGUGUCAACGAUAUUGCCAACAUAAUGAUGCCCGAACCCUACUCCGCUCUCUCAGUACCCUCCUUUGGCUGGGUAUUAUCCGAGGUCUGUCUAUUAGACUAAAUUAAAAUAUUUUUACCACAAUAUUGUACUGAAC